GCAAGAAGUGUGGUGGUAUCUAGGGUUUCAAACACCAAAAACCCCAGCUUUGCAGAGUGCACACUCUCAGUGCAGUUCUUCCGACGCCUGCUCCGUUCAAUCCUUGACUCCUCUAUAUUCAGCAUCCGGCUCUUCAAGAUUCAUUCACAAAACAAUCAAUUCUGCGUCUUGAUAACUUAAAACAUACUUCAAUAGAAGGGUAGACUGAAUUUCUUUGCUUACAUACAAUAAAGUUCGAGUCUUGGAUUGUUUUGAGGGGAGGGGAGGGGACUAUAUGGGGAAAUCAGGUGGUAAGAAGAAGAAGGGGGGUGUUAACCAGAACCAGGGGUCUGGAGGGAAUAUCCAAACACCAGUUGUUAAUGGCAGCGUUGAAUUGGACUCGUCACUUUUGUUGAAAAGAGCUCAUGAGCUCAAAGAAGAAGGGAAUAGGAGGUUUCAGGAUAAGGAUUUUGUGGGUGCUCUUCAGCAAUAUGAGAAGGCCCUCAAACUUACCCCGAAAAUGCACCCGGACCGAGCUGUGUUUCAUAGCAACAGGGCUGCUUGUUUGAUGCAAAUGAGGCCCAUAGACUAUAAUACUGUGAUUUCUGAAUGUACAAUGGCGCUCCAGGUUCAGCCUCAGUUUGUCCGGGCCCUUCUUCGCAGAGCCCGUGCUUACGAGGCUAUUGGGAAAUAUGAGAUGGCGAUGCAAGAUGUGCAAAUGUUAUUGAAUGCUGACCCGAAUCACCAGGAUGCUCUGGAUAUUGCUGGGCGAAUGAGGAUGGCUCUUGGCCCUCGCCAGGAGGCCCAACAGGAUCUUCAGAGCCGCCCAUCGCCAGCUGCCCUUGGGGCCUCUGCAGUGGGUGCAGCUCCAAUUGCUGGCCUUGGGCCAUGUUUGCCUGCUCGGCCAGUGCCCAAGAAACCAACACCUUCGGUUGGGACUUCAGCACUAUUGGCUAAUAACAAGCAUAAUCCAGCCUUGCCGACUGAAAAUGGUGUUCAGGCUAAAGUUCAAUUGCCAAAGGUUGUUUUAAAGCCUUCAAAUGGUUCUCUCAAGCCUAAUCCAAUCCCAAUUAAGGAUGACAAAAAGGAACAGACAUCGUCAUCUGUGUCAAUCACUACCCAUGGGCAUUCAAGACAGGCUGUGAUUCUUUGGAGGUCUCUAAAGCUUGUUUAUGAUCAUGACAUACGUCUUGCAAAAAUGCCUGUAAAUUGCAGUUUCAGAGAGUUGAGAGAUGUCAUUAGCAAACGCUUUCCAAUGUCAAAAUCAGUUCUCAUCAAGUAUAAGGAUAACGAUGGUGAUUUGGUGACAAUAACAUGCUCAGCUGAACUAAGAUUAGCAGAGGCUGGCGUGGACAAUCUUGUACCUCAAGACCCUGACACAGAGAAAGGAGAUUCUAUUGGGAUGCUGAGAUUGCAUAUUGUUGAGGUGAGUCCAGAACAAGAACCACCUGUAUUGGAAGAGGAAGAGGAGAAACCCGUUGAGAGCGAGGGUACUAAAGCAGAUGAAAGUGUAUCCCAUUCUUCUCUGAGUGAUUCGGUGGUGGAUACUGUUGAUAGUGAGAUUAACAAGGUAGAGAAGAUCAUUGAAAAGGUAAAAUCUGCGACAUCAGAAGAUCCCGAGUCCAAGGAAGUGGAGAUGGAUGAUUGGUUAUUUGAGUUUGCUCAGUUAUUCAGGACCCAUGUUGGCAUUGACCCGGAUGCCCAUAUUGAUCUGCAUGAACUUGGAAUGGAGCUGUGUUCUGAAGCACUUGAGGAGACAGUGACUAGUGAAGAGGCUCAAGCUCUCUUUGACAAGGCAGCAUUAAAGUUUCAGGAAGUUGCGACACUGGCUUUCUUCAAUUGGGGAAAUGUUCAUAUGUGUGCAGCAAGGAAGCGGAUACCCAUUGAGGAUCCUGGCUCGAAGGAGUUGUUGACUUCGCAGCUCCAGGCUGCUUAUGAUUGGGUGAAAGACAAAUAUUCUCUAGCCAAAGGCAAGUACGAGGAGGCCCUUUUAAUCAAACCAGACUUCUAUGAGGGUUUGUUGGCAUUAGGACAGCAGCAGUUUGAAAUGGCAAAACUGCACUGGUCUUUUGUUUUGGCUAAGAAAGAAGAUCUGUCAAAUUGGGAUGCAACCGAGACAUUUAGGCUUUUUGACAGCGCAGAAGAAAAAAUGAAAGUAGCAACUGAGAUGUGGGAGAAGCUUGAAGAACAGAGACUUAAAGAGCUGAAGGAUCCUAAUGCAAGCAAGAAAGAUGAACUUAAAAGAAGGAAGAAGCAGGGAAAUGGUCCUGACGCUGAAUCCUCGGCUGCUGGUGAAAUUUCUGCUGAUGAAGCUGCAGAACAAGCUGCUGUAAUGAGAUCUCAAAUACAUUUGUUUUGGGGUAACAUGCUCUUUGAGCGGUCUCAAGUUGAAUGUAAAUUGGGGUUGGCUGGCUGGAAGAACAACCUUGAUACUGCAGUUGAGAGGUUUAAGCUUGCUGGGGCUUCUGAGGCUGAUAUCUCGACCGUUCUGAAGAAUCAUUGCUCCAAUGAAGCAGCUGAGGAACCUGAGAAAAAUGUUGCCAGCAUUACGGCUAAAGUGGCUAAUGAAACAGAAGACAAGGAUGAUGCCGAUCAAAUGUAGUGAAUCUUUGCAUUUACGUGACAAGGAUGAUGCCGAUCAAAUGUAGGGAAUCUUUGCAUUGCAUGGUGCCUUUAAUCAAUCAACUACCUUAAUGCCCUCAUUGCAGGUCCUCGUUGGAGGAAAUGAAAUUGUCAUUUUAAGGAUCAAGUUUGAGGAGCCAUUUAUUUUUAUAUUAAGGUAGCAAAUUGGCUUCACAUUUUUUGAAGAUUGCACUUUCAGGAUAUUUAUUCUGUGGCAACAAGUUUUUAACUGUCGUCAUUGUAUGGCAACUAGUUUUUAACUGUCGAUCUGACGAAAGUUUUCCCUUGUUGAUGAGCUUCUAUAUGAACACUUCCACGUCCAUGAAAACAAAUAUUUGGCUGUUGAAGAUCAAUUGUGAUUUUCUUCUUAAUUUGACGGGUUUUGAUAUCA